UUUAACAUUGCCAAAGGUCACCGGUGGUGGGUCACCAACAUUCAUAAAAAUUCAUUCAUUUGUUACUUAUUAUUUUGUUAUUUACGAAUGUUUCUUGAUUGCUAUUGCAAUAAAUAAUAAUAAUUAAAUCAAAGUGAGAUAAACUAGAGAAACGGCCAGUUUGAAAGCGUGUAUCAAGUGUACUAAGUUGUGUAUUAUAACUUUAGAUAAAAUGGGUUCACGUUUCCAAUUUGUUGAACAAGGGCCGCCGAUUGAAGUUUUUCAACUUAACAAACUUUUUACAGAAGAUUCUUUCAAAAAUAAAGUGAAUCUUGGCGUGGGAGCCUACAGGGAUGAGAAUGGAAAACCCUGGGUGCUGCCAGUCGUUCGCAAAAUGGAGAAGCAGAUGGCUGAUGAUGACACUCUUCUUCAUGAGUACCUGCCAGUGUUAGGUUUGGAGAAUUUCAGCAAUGCAUCUGUAGCGAUGCUGCUUGGUGAAGAUAACCCUGUGAUAGCUGAGGGCCGUGCCUUUGGUGUACAAACUCUGUCGGGUACAGGCAGUUUACGAGUGGGUGCGGAGUUUUUGAACAAGCAUCUAAAGUACACCACCUUCUACUAUUCCAGCCCUACGUGGGAAAACCAUCAUCUAGUGUUCGUAAACUCCGGUUUCACGCAACCGAGGACCUACCGCUAUUGGAACGAGAAGACUCGCGGCAUCGACUUCGACGGCCUUAUCGAGGACCUGAAGAACGCGCCGGAGAACUCCGUGGUGAUCCUCCACGCGUGCGCUCACAACCCUACCGGGAUCGACCCUAGCAAUGAGCAGUGGGAGAGGAUUGCUGAUGUUAUGGAGGAGCGCAAAUUGUUCCCUUUCUUCGACAGCGCGUACCAAGGAUUCGCGUCGGGUGACCUCGACCGCGACGCGUGGGCGGUGCGCUACUUCGUCAAGCGCGGCUUCGAGCUCGUCUGCGCGCAGUCCUAUGCUAAGAACUUCGGCCUAUACAACGAGCGUGUGGGCAACCUGACCAUCGUGAUCUCGGACAAGACGCACGUGGCGCCUCUCAAGUCGCAGCUCACUUGGAUCGUGCGCGGGAUGUACUCCAACCCGCCGGCGCACGGCGCGCGCGUCGUCGCUAACGUACUCAGCAACGAGAAACUCUUCGACGAAUGGAGAGAUCACAUAAAGAUGAUGUCAUCAAGAGUGAUCCAAAUGAGGGAAGCAUUGAGAGCGGAACUAAUAAAACUCGGCACCCCCGGCAACUGGGACCACAUAGUGAAGCAGAUAGGCCUGUUUUCCUACACGGGCCUUACACCACGACAGUGCGAACACCUCAUACAGGAGCACCACAUAUACUUGCUCGGCUCGGGCCGCAUCAACAUCUGCGGCCUCAACCCGACCAACGUGGAGUACGUCGCCAAGGCCAUCAAUGACGCCAUCCUCAAGUUCCCGGCUAAAGACGAUGAUUCUCGAGCAAAGUUAUAGCAACGGAACUAGCAGCAACGUUCACGAGAGUGGUACGAAAAAAUAUUUUAGUCUGGGACUAUUUGGUGUUUGGUUUAUAUGUUCGUCUGUUGGUUUUUGGGGAAAAGCUACCAUUUCUGUAACUUUGUUAAGUUGAAUGACACGGAUCUGACGCGAAAUUCAAAUUUAAUUUGGUUCUAAGUAACUCACGUCAAACUUUUGUACAAAAGUAAAGAUUUUUAUGUAAACCUAUGCAGAUGAUACUGCGAUUGGCGGAAU